GUAAGACCCGGGGAAAGAAGCCAAUCACUAGGAACGCCAAGGCGGCGCAGACCAUCUGCUCGCGAGGGUAUCGGAUUGUCGGAUGACGCUACUACAUCGGGUGAACGUCAACGAACUUCCUCGGAACCACCUCAAGGCGGAAACAGGCGACGCCGGCAGGGAAGUGAACCGGAUCCAGACGGUGAGUCGCGAGAAAGAGGAACGCCAUCACAUCCGGCACGAACACNGGCGACGCCGGCAGGGAAGUGAACCGGAUCCAGACGGUGAGUCGCGAGGAAGAGGAACGCCAUCACAUCCGGCACGCGGAGAAUCACACCGGGGAAGGGGCUCGGGGGGAACGGGUACCCCGGGUGCCGAUGACCGAGCGACCAGAAACGGGGACGCUGGAGGAAGCAUGGAACCUGGCGCCACGGGGAACAUAAGCGAGCACCCUCGUUCUAGUACCAGAUGCCGAGUGUGCUCGGGUCAGGUCAUCGAGGGACACCGUGUGGUACAACCCACUUGCGGGCAUCCCAUCCACGCAAGAUGCGUACUAUCUAGCCUGGAGGGACGCGGAGAACGCGCGCUGCUCGAGUGUAGGGUGCACGGGUGCGGGGCCCACCACUCUCGGAGGGACAGCCUGGAGGCGGCGAUUCAAGCUGACCCGGGGCUGCAGCUACGAGCUGAAAGACUGAUAACGGGGUUAAACGACGAACCCCACGGAGCACGUUCGCUGUACAUCUGGAACCAAGACAGUCCGGGAAUAGGGCCUGCUUUGGACGAUUUCAGCAUAUAUGAGCUCACACUCAGGUUCCAAACGGUGAAGAAAGUUCAACCUAGGUUUGCUUCCGACCAUGCCCGUCUCCAAACCCACGUGCUCCACCUGGUUAACAAGCAGCUAGCAGAAGGCGGCGGCGCUUCCUCGGCGACCGGGACCCCACUUUCCACUAUCCGGGUCAUCAAACUUUGGUUCUCCUACCAGGUAUUCUGCACUCCUUUGAUGGUCGGAUAGCUCGAAAAAAACGCUACAAAUCGCUCAAAAGAGGGGAUAUAUCGUCCGUUCUCCCUUGGCUGAUGGAGUAUACCAAGGCGGCGAGUCCAAGGAGCAGGGGACCGGCACGGGAAGGCACACCCGACGACAAGUCCAAAAGGGCGGCGCAGGCAUGCCGGCACUCUGGAGGCGUGAAGGACGCAGCAAGAGCCCUCCUAGCCGAUCAACCGUCACCGGGGAUCGACGAGACAUGGGCACGUCUGAAAGCCAACUUUCCGCAUGAGGAUCCUGUACAAGUGGAGAAGACCAUCGCCGAAGCCAUAGCUGCAAGCCGCACCGAGGAGAGGAAGGAAGCGCCCCGAGAUGGAGGCCAGAACCCGAGUUUGAUCCACAAGUACUCCUUCAAGUCAUCAACAGCAGAAGCUCUAACUCUGGAGCAGGAAAUGACGGGCAACGUUUCUCCCACCUUGAGUCCAUCGUCAACACUAAAAUCGGUCGGGAAGAGUUCAACAACACGAUGUCGUCCCUUUGAAGGAGGCUCAUCAACGAUCCCAACGCGUUCCCACCGGAGUUCUGGACCCUUUGGAAACAAUCCAGUCUAAUCGCCCUCGGUGAAAAGUGCCGUCCAGUGUGCAUUGGAAUGACUUGGAGAAGGCUGAUUGCAGCGGGAACGGUCAGGGAGUGGAAACCGAAACUGGAAGAAAUAUUUCGGGAAGCGGACUAAUUCGGAGUGGCGGUAGCUGGAGGAGUUGAACAAGUUGCGAUGAGCGCACAACUGGUUCAUCAGACAGGUCAUUGGGUAGUCCAGACGGAUUGCUCAAAUGACUUCAACACGGGCAAGCGCACCGCCAUAAUGGCUCAAGCCGCAAAGAGCGUCCCAGAUCUCGUGGGGUACAUCGCCANUAAUUCGGAGUGGCGGUAGCUGGAGGAGUUGAACAAGUUGCGAUGAGCGCACAACUGGUUCAUCAGACAGGUCAUUGGGUAGUCCAGACGGAUUGCUCAAAUGACUUCAACACGGGCAAGCGCACCGCCAUAAUGGCUCAAGCCGCAAAGAGCGUCCCAGAUCUCGUGGGGUACAUCGCCAGGUGUUACGACGAAAUCCCGGCAAAGGCGAUAUACGCGAUGGACUCCGGAGAGCGUCGGACGAUCGAGUGCAAGAGCGAUGUGCAGCAAGGAGAUGGAAUGGGACC